CUACAGAAGUAUUGUUAUGGUAACAGCGCUGACAGCAAUGUGUUUUAGAAGUGUUAGGGUGAGGGUUAAAUUGUUUUCAAUACAGGUGCACGUUGAGGGCCAGGCAGUCAGGUACAGCACAUGCGAGUGCCCAAUCGGCAGAGACAAGUGCCAUCAUAUGGCAGCUUUGUUGAUUUGGGUUGAGAAAAAUGUGUCCCGCACCGACGUGGAAUGUGUGUGGAAGAAGGCCAACGCUCCGAAGGGGGACGACAUUGCAACCAAGAGAGUGUCAGAGAUGACACCAUCCACAACACGAGCUGGCAUCAAAAGACCUGUCACCCAGGAGGACAAAGAAUGGGCUCAGGCAUCCUUGUUACAGCUUGGGCGUUUUACAGGGAUGGGGUGGAUUUUGAGUCCAGAGACACCUCAGACUCUCCCAAUCAAGAUGUUUGAUGGGCUGGUGACCAGCCCAGGUUUUGUCCAAGCUGAGGACAAGGCUCUAUAUGUGCUGUCAAUGCUUGCUGUCAAUGAUCAGGAGAAGCAGCAGAUUGAGGAAGCAACUGUUGGCCAGGCUAAGAACUCAUUAUGGUUUACAUAUCGCAAGAAAAGGAUAACAGCAAGUAACUUUGGUUUGGUCUUGGCAGCAGUCAAGCGGAAGUCUUACCCGCCUUCCUUAUUCAAAACCCUGCUUGGCCAGUACAACCUCAAAGAAGGAUCUAAAGCAUGUGAUUGGGGAAUCCUGCAUGAGCCAAGGGCAAAGCAGGAAUACACUGAGCGCACUGGUGUUGUUAUACAAGAGAGGGGACUGGUCCUGUCUGAUAGCGGCCUGCUUGGUGGAUCUCCUGAUGGCACGGUGUUUGGAAACUGCGUGAUUGAAGUCAAGUGUCCGUGGUCAGCCAGAACCAAGACUAUCCUGCAGGCAGCGGAGAGUAGGGACUUUUUCAUGGAGUUCGAUGAAGUGGUUGGUUCCCUGACACUAAAACAAAGUCACAACUACUGGCAUCAGAUCCAGGGAAACCUGCACCUGACCGGAGCCAACAGCUGUCACCUGCUUGUGUGGACACCUCUUGACCUUGUCAUUCUGCCAGUGCUCAAAGAUCCUACAUGGGCUGUGAACAUUGACACUCUGGAAAUAUUUUAUAAAGAUUGUUUCCUACCUUACAUUCUCUCACAGUUUUAAGAAAAGAAAACAAAUCUACCCACUAAAGCUUUUAUGGAAGUAAAUAACUGGGAAACGUGA